AGUCCAGUUGCAGGCAGCCAUCUCUCUUCCCCCCUCCCAACUCUUGGGUUCUGGGCUGAGGCCAGGGACUGUCCUGAGCUGAUCGCAGGCUCCCAUUGGCCGCUGUCUUUUGUGACGUCACGAUCAUGAUGAGAAUUGAUGAUCGGACACGCUGAUUUCAUUGUCUGAAGCGGCACUGGAGACCCAGGAAAAAUCUCGCUGAAUCCGCCUGCCUCAGCAGCGGCCUGAUCUGGGUUCCGCUGAUUCCUUUCGUAACCGCACCACACCCGAGAUGAAUCUACGUUCUGUAUUUACUGUAGAACAACAAAGGAUUUUACAGCGUUAUUAUGAAAAUGGAAUGACAAAUCAAAGUAAAAAUUGCUUUCAGCUCAUAUUACAGUGUGCACAGGAGACUAAGCUGGACUUCAGUGUAGUCAGGACGUGGGUUGGCAAUAAGAGAAGAAAGAUGAGUAGUAAGAACUCUGAAUCUGGAACAGCAACAACAGGAACCUCUUUGUCAGCUCCAGACAUCACAGUCAGAAAUGUGGUUAAUAUUGCUCGACCCUCAAGCCAGCAGUCUUCUUGGACAUCUGCCAAUAAUGAUGUCAUUGUAACUGGUAUAUACAGUCCAGCCAGUUCAUCAAGUAGGCAAGGAACAAACAAACAUACAGACACACAAAUUACAGAAGCACAUAAAAUCCCUAUUCAGAAAACAGCCACUAAAAAUGACACUGAGUUUCAGCUACACAUUCCUGUUCAAAGACAAGUAGCACACUGUAAAAAUGCUUCCCUACUCCUAGGUGAAAAAACAAUUAUUUUGUCAAGACAGACAAGUGUGCUAAAUGCUGGAAACUCAGUAUUCAAUCACACAAAGAAAAACUAUGGAAACUCUUCAGUACAAGCUUCUGAAAUGACAGUACCUCAAAAGCCUUCUGUGUGCCACCGACCUUGUAAAAUUGAACCAGUUGGGAUUCAAAGGUCAUAUAAGCCUGAACACACAGGUCCAGCAUUACAUAACUUAUGUGGGCAAAAGCCAACUAUUAGAGACCCUUACUGUAGAACACAAAACUUGGAAAUCCGUGAAGUGUUUUCAUUGGCAGUUAGCGAUUACCCCCAGAGAAUUCUGGGAGGAAAUGCCCCACAGAAGCCUAGCUCAGCAGAAGGAAAUUGUUUGUCCAUUGCAAUGGAGACUGGAGAUGCUGAGGAUGAAUAUGCCAGAGAGGAAGAGCUGGCAUCGAUGAGAGCACAGAUACCAAGCUAUUCGAGAUUUUAUGAAAGUGGCAGUUCCCUUCGAGCUGAGAACCAAAGUACAACCUUGCCCGGACCAGGAAGAAAUAUGCCAAAUUCACAAAUGGUGAAUAUUAGAGAUAUGUCAGACAAUGUACUGUAUCAAAACAGAAACUACCAUUUGACACCACGGACCUCAUUACAUACAGCAUCUAGUACAAUGUACAGUAAUACCAAUCCAUUACGGAGUAAUUUUUCUCCUCAUUUUGCAUCAUCAAACCAAUUGAGAUUAUCACAAAACCAAAACAAUUACCAGAUUUCAGGAAACCUUACUGUGCCUUGGAUUACAGGGUGUUCUAGAAAAAGAGCACUACAGGACCGCACUCAGUUCAGUGACCGAGACUUAGCUACCCUUAAGAAGUAUUGGGACAAUGGCAUGACCAGCCUGGGCUCUGUUUGUAGAGAGAAAAUUGAAGCUGUUGCAACUGAAUUAAAUGUUGACUGUGAAAUAGUUCGGACUUGGAUUGGGAAUCGAAGAAGGAAAUAUCGUUUAAUGGGGAUUGAAGUUCCACCUCCAAGAGGAGGCCCUGCUGAUUUCUCUGAGCAGCCUGAGUCUGGUUCUUUAUCUGCACUCACACCAGGAGAGGAAGCUGGGCCUGAAGUAGGAGAGGAUAAUGACAGAAAUGAUGAAGUAUCCAUCUGUUUGUCUGAAGGAAGCUCUCAAGAAGAGCCCAGUGAAGUUGUUCCGAAUGAUGCAAGGGCUCAUAAGGAAGAGGACCACCAUGCAGUAACCACAGAUAAUGUGAAAAUAGAAAUUAUUGAUGAUGAAGAAAGUGACAUGAUAAGUAAUUCUGAAGUAGAACAAGUAAACUCUUUCUUGGAUUAUAAGAAUGAAGAAGUCAAAUUCAUUGAAAAUGAGCUCGAGAUUCAAAAGCAAAAAUACUUUAAACUUCAGACUUUUGUUAGAAGCUUGAUAUUAGCAAUGAAAGCUGAUGAUAAGGAACAACAGCAGGCACUGCUGUCAGAUUUACCUCCUGAAUUAGAGGAAAUGGAUUUCAAUCAUGCCUCACUGGAGCCUGAUGAUACCUCAUUCAGUGUAUCUUCUUUGUCAGAGAAAAAUGUCUCAGAAAGUUUGUGAUUUCAGUUGGAGGGAAUAUAUGAUACAGUCUUUUGGCUUCGUAACAGUUCUUACAUGUUAUGAAACAGGAAGUCAAGGUAAGCUGCUGAGAUUUUUUAAAAAUUUAGUCAUUCAGCUUUGCCACAAAAUUUACCUCAUUUCCAUAUGAGGCCUGUACAGAGCCAUCAGCCAAGGAUAGUAUUCAAAAAGAGUUAUACUACUUUGGUUGUAAAUCACAGUCUUCUGAAUUCCAUGAAUACUAUUCUAUGAGUACACACCUAAAAUGGGCAAGCUACCCAGUUUUCUAUUAGUAGGUACCAGAUGGCAACACACUGUAGACUGUUCUUUGUAGUUCUUCCUUUCUGGAGUACCAGAUGGUAUUACCAAGACCCAUAGAAGAAAAAAUGUCAGUUUCUCCCUAAGCCCACAGUGUCAUAUAUUUGUGACUUGGCAGUGUGCAAUUGUGUUGCAUGGUUAAAUUACUAUCUAUACCUAAAAGAUUAAUGAAGUAGCUGGAUGGCUGUUUCAGUCAUCAAGUUUCUGUUUCCAAUUUGUUUUUAAUUUUUGUUGGUACCUAGUAGGUAUUCAGAUAUUUUUAAAAAUUUGUAAUCAGAGCCAAAUUUGAUCUUGAAAUUUACUAAUACUAACUUAUGAACACAGAAAGGCAGUCAUAAAUGUCUUUACCCUUGAAGUGUCCCAUCCUCCCACACACACAAAUAGGUAAGCUCCCACUGAUAGUCUUUCAUUUUGUCACUUAUUUGUUUAUAUUGCUGCCAUACUACUGAUAUGGUCCCUUUGUUAGUAGGAAUAUUUCAGUGUUCAGAUAUGCUUCCUUGAGCCAUAUGGAGUUUUGCAAACAAUAGUUAGUUUUUCUUGCUGACAAGUCAAAUUCCAUUCAGAGACAGCAGCAGAGAGUAACAGAGCCUCAAAUAUUACGAUUAAAUGUACCAGUCACACCAACCCCUCCAUGAGAUGAAGAGUCGCCCCCAUAUACAACGAAGUUAGAAACCACUUAUUAAGUAGCAUGAACAAAUUCCAGGUCUUCAAGUCUCUCCUAGGGUCUGCUUCAUAGUCAUUGAGUUUAUCUUUCAAACAUAAUUACUUCUGCUUCAAUUUAAGCCCCUUCUUAUUUGGUUCUCAUUGCAAAUUAACUAUAGGUAUAUUCUCUCCUACAGCUUUUAACACUAUAGAUUUUAUUUGUCACGCAUCAGCCAUUAGUCACUAAAUCGAAAAAUACUUGUUGAGCUCCUGCUAUAGAGAAGACACUGUGCUGGACAUUGGAUUUCUCAGCAAGCUGUAAACGUCACAAAUAAUUAUUUCUUGUUAACAUCUUCUAUGAUAUUAAUAAACCACAUUUAAGUAGAAUUUUUAAUAGAUUUAAGGUUCUGCUAGGUGUGAUUCUUAGAAGGAUUCCUAGUCCACAAUUUUGAGAGAAAGCAUAGAUGAUCUUUUUGUCUCUGUUUAACAUUUCAUCAAAAUAGAAACUGUAUAAAUCAUAACAAUACAUUUAGAACUCCUUUUGUCUUGAAAUUUGUGUUUCAGCACCAGAAUAUUUUUCUUCACCAUCAUUGGAAUUAAAACACUUGUAAAAUGAAAUGUGGCUAUUCUGUAGCAGGAACUGAAGGAAAUACCUCUAUCUAUAGAAAAAGAAUCAUAAUUGCCAGAUUGAAAUUAUUCAUGGUAGACUUUGAAAAAGAUGUCAAGGUCAAGCUUUGAAAAGUUGUUAUGAAGAAAGUAUAUUUUUUACAUAUGUAGAUAGGAGUUGGUUUUGAGAUAUGUUAGAGCAGGAAAAAUUAUCAGCUUAUAAUUACUCUUGUGGACAUCUUCAUGGCUGGGGAUAAAAAUUAACUAACUAGUGUUUCUUUCUUUAGGGCUUUGAGAUUAUUAAAACAGACCUUACUAUCUGAAGGCUCUCUCAGGGAGACAGAAGCCAAUGUGGAAAAAAACAAAAAACAAAAAACAACAACAAGAAAAAACUUCUUUUUUUCUUUCAACUACAUUUCUAUGUCUGCUUUAAGCUUAGAACAGCCAAGCAGUUUUUAAGCCAGAAAUGUGUAUGUAAGAGCGCUUACCUUCCAAAAUGUGUACAUAUGAAAAAAAAAGGAAGGUAUUUUCUUCUUUUCAGCCAAGCUAAACUUAUUCACAAGAAAAUGAGAAUUGCAAUUGCUCUGGAGAAUAGGAAAAUUAGCACAUGCAAAGAAAACCUUAAAAGAAAAUUGGCCUCUUCAUGGAAACUGGGGAUGUUUUGUCCUAAGGUCAGUUAUCAACAGCAGGAUUUUUGUAUUGCCAUUGCAAGCAUGUGAUAGAAAUGUUUGUUAUUGUUGGAGAAGAAAAGGCUGAGACCCAAUUAUACCCUGUACUCUUUAUUCGACCAAGACCUCAAAAGAUGUCAAAGAAGCCAUUUCUCCAAAGACAGCAACAUCUAUUGUGAGGCACUUUCAUAUUCAGCAGUCUGUAAGUUUGUAGGAGAAAACAUAAGUGGUUAAUUUAAAAUAAUUUUGGGCUCUAAAAUGGACUUUGUUGCCUUUUUUGGUGGGGGUGGUGGGAAUCGGAUUCAGCCCAUUUCCAAGGGAUAGUUUCUUCAUCUCAGACAACUAUUUUGUGAUCCUUUUUAAAAGACAUUCUGAAAACUUUAACUCCUGCCCUUCUUCCAUAUUACAGUUGCGUUAUUCCAGAAAUAUUGUCUACUUUUUUAAUAUAUUAGAUUUUCAUUCAGAUCUGAAACAUGCACACAUGUGAUAGGUUAGCUUUUUAAGGGAGUUAUCAGUACCACUGUAUCUAAAUGUUAGGUAAAUGGGUAGAUUUCUCUUUGAAGUUGGUAUUUUCCUUGGCAGACAGCACUGUAUCAUGCUCUUCACCAAGCUAUGCUCUGUAAUGCUAUAAUCAAGGAGGCUACUAACUUGUGAACCUACAGUCAACACACCAUUGCUGAAAACAAACUUUCAUUAAGAACAGAUUUGCUAGGGGGAAAAAAGAGUAAAGUGAUAUUUUCACGCAAAUAUAAUUAAAAUUGUUUCAUUAAAAUAUAUACUGAGUGUAUAUUGCUCCACACUGAAAUUUUAUUUUGCAUUAACUUGUUAAGUAAUUAAUUUUAGCAAUCCUGCAUCCCAUUUUACUAGUACUACCUCUGAAAUAUACUGUCACCUUAAAACCACAUCAGACUGUAAUGUGAAUUUUUGUAGAGUUUUUAUUUAAACUUUUAUAGAGGCAAUAAAUGAUUUCCAACUAAUAGACAUC